CACAGAAUUUGCUUCUCACUUUUGUCCUCACGGGUGACGCUGCCGCCUUCGGAACGCAUACGUGUACAGGACUCAUCGUGGAAACAAUGUAAUUUUUUGGGUUCUGAAGGGAAAAGAAGCGAAAGCCCAUAGAACGUGAGGGGAAGUGCUUCCGGCGAGCCCCCUUCUUGGAGUGCUACGCCGAUUAAAGAUCAGAAACGGCAGAAGAGGAAGGACUAAUCGCGACGGUUUUUAGCAUUUUGCGUUUGAGGUCGGAUUCUAGAUCGUGUUUCUAUCGUCUCAUCAAAAUCUUUGGGUUGGAGAACGGAGAAGGCUAGGGUUUUGGUAUCGUCAGGAAGAUGGCCGGCCAGGGUCAGAGGCUCAACGUCGUUCCGACGGUGACGAUGCUCGGGGUCAUGAAGGCCCGCCUAAUCGGUGCCACGAGGGGCCACGCCCUACUCAAAAAGAAGAGCGACGCCCUGACCGUUCAGUUCCGGCAGAUCCUGAAGAAGAUCGUCUCCGCCAAGGAGUCGAUGGGCGACAUCAUGAAGACAUCCGCUUUCGCCCUCACGGAGGCCAAGUAUGUCGCCGGCGAUAAUGUCAAGCACGUCGUCCUCGAGAACGUCCGAUCCGCGACGCUGAAGGUUCGAUCCCGUCAGGAGAACGUCGCCGGCGUCAAGCUCCCGAGGUUCGAGUACUUCAGCGACGGCGAGACCAAGAAUGAUCUGACCGGGCUAGCGAGGGGCGGGCAGCAGAUCCAGCUCUGCCGCGCAGCCUACAUCAAGGCCAUCGAGGUCCUAGUCGAGCUCGCUUCUCUGCAAACGUCGUUCCUGACGCUCGAUGAGGCGAUAAAAACGACGAAUCGGAGGGUCAACGCGCUCGAGAACGUGGUGAAGCCGAGGCUCGAGAACACAAUCAAUUACAUCAAGGGUGAGCUCGAUGAGCUAGAGAGAGAGGAUUUCUUUCGGCUUAAGAAGAUUCAGGGGUACAAGAAGAGGGAAAUCGAGCGGCAAAUGCUAGCGGCCAAGCAGUACGCAGACGAGCAGGAGGCGGAGAAGAUUUCUCUCAAGAAGGGGAUCUCAAUCAAUGCCGCGCACAAUCUGCUGGCAGUGGAGAAGGAUGAAGACAUUAUCUUCUAAGAGGUUCUGUUUAAUACUGUGCUGUAUUUCUUUUCAGGAUAUUGUUUUCGAGUAAUGUUAGGAAUCAGUAGCUUUCCUGGGGUGGAAACAAGGCCUUCCUUUUUCUACUUGAAGGGUGUUCAUUUUGGUUCUUCCAGCACGUAACAAAAAUAAAUUAACCGUUGAGUUAGCAGAAUGUAGCAUAUGAGAGAUUUCGAUGUGUUGUUUUAGAGCAUAUCUUAUGGAAUAAGCUAUAGUUUUGAUGAUGA